AGGCACUGGAAGCUCCAUUUUAAUAAUCCCCCUCAAAUUCUUCUCCCCGAAACCCUAAUUCCCCCACAAAUUACGAACCCCCAAAUUCUCAUCCGGCGAGACUCCCUCAGCCCCCGCCGCCGCGGUAGCAAGAAAUCCCACCCCACCGCGUUGACACCUCCGUCUUCUUCAUCCAAGAAGAACCCAAGCGGCCCACCAAAGCAAACGAAGCCCCGAGCACCCCCGCUGUUCAAUGAAUUUGGAACUGAUGGCGGGCCAGCAACAAAGCAUUUGAGGCCUAAAUUCAGUGUCCAACGCAGACUGGACUGCACGUGCCUUAUGUUC